UCCGGCUGCAUGGGGCCGGGCGGCGCGGCCGACACGCUCCUUUCCGGAGCUUGCGUGCUCUUCACCCUCGGCAUGUUCUCCACCGGCCUCUCGGACCUCAAACAUAUGCAGAUGACCCGGAGCGUGGACAGCGUCCAGUUCCUGCCCUUUCUCACCACGGAUAUCAACAACCUGAGCUGGCUGAGUUACGGGGUCUUGAAGGGAGACGGGACCCUCAUCGUGGUCAACGCCAUAGGUGCUGUGCUUCAGACCCUGUAUAUCUUGGUGUAUCUUCACUUCAGCCCUCAGAAGCGUGCUGUGCUCCUACAGACUGCAACCCUGCUGGGGGUCCUUCUCAUGGGUUAUGGCUACUUUUGGCUCCUGGUGCCUAACCAGGAGGCCCAGCUGCAACAGCUGGGCCUCUUCUGCAGUGUCUUCACCAUCAGCAUGUACCUCUCACCACUGGCUGAUUUGGCCAAAGUUAUUCGCACUAAAUCAACCCAGUGUCUCUCCUUCUCACUCACCAUUGCCACCCUCCUUACCUCCUCCUCCUGGUCCCUCUAUGGGUUUCGGCUCAAAGAUCCUUACAUCAUGGUGCCCAACCUUCCAGGAAUCCUUACCAGCUUUAUCCGCCUCUGGCUUUUCUGGAAGUACCCCCAGAAGCAAGACAGAAACUAUCAACUCCUGCAAACCUGAGGCAGUUCACCUGACCACUGGGCACCUUAGUGCCAACUUGAUACCAAAGCGCGCUCCUUGUUUUGGCUGGUCCUGGAGCCCAGUUCAUGGGUGCAAUACAUUGUGGGAAAGAGGACUUUGAGAUUAGAGGGAUCAAAGAAAGAGCUUUACUUAGAUCAGGUGGGACCUAAGAGAUGAAAUCACUUCUUUUUUUAAGAGAUUAUCUUUUGUAAUUAUGAAGGUUGGGGUUUUAUCUUUAGAAUGUGCCUUAAAAUAAACUGUUCCCCACCCCUGCC